AAAAAAUCUCCGCAACCGAUAAGGGUGGUUUCGUGUUUUACGGACAGCGGAAAACUGGUUUAUCUAAUUGCUUGAAAAGAAACUGUUAUCCCCUCGCGCUUCUGCUCCGUCUUCACACUCCACAGUUGGCGUAGCUGACUGUUGAAGCCUUUAGAAGGGCAGUGGGUCGGAGCUGAAAAUGUGGAUUCCUAUUCAUGUUCUUAAUGAGCACUUCCAUGGUCCUAUGUGAGAGCUUUAUCCUUUUUAAUCGUGGUGCAUUUCAAAAGCCUCUUCCUUCUCACCACACAUCGACUUCUUUGGUUUCAUUGACUUGUGGAAGGAGGCGGCUUUGCGGGCUUAUUCCAAAUGCAAAAAAUGGGCAUUCAAGGAAGCGAACUUGGUGGCAGAAGUUCUUUUUCGAUGAAGAUGGAAAUUGGCUUGGGUUAAAGGAGGAUGAUAUGCUUGAGGAUCCUGAUGACGCAAGCCAGGAGGAAAUUUCAGAGGGAGACAAGUUUGAAGCAUGGAAGAGGAGAGCUGAGGCAAUUACAGAGCUGAGGGAGGCACAGGAAGAAAUGACAAAUGCAGAGAGUCGAGAGUGGGAAGAUUGGCUUGUUGGUGGGACACAUGAAGUCAACAAUUCUUCAUGGAGUCAAGAUUGGGGUGAUGGAAUUGAGGAAUCAAGAACAGAUGAACAAUCUCAUCCAAAUAAUAUGAUGCCUGAGAAGAGUUUUGUUGAAUCUGUGACGGAUUUGGUCCUUGGUAAGGAGGAUGAUUUGCUUUAUGAAGACCGUGUAUUUCGGUAUGCCUCAACAAACUCGGCCAAAUUCUUGGCAGUCUUGGUGAUUAUACCAUGUACCUUGGAUUUUGUGGUUCAUGACUACAUUCUAAUGCCAUUUUUAGAUAGGUAUGUGAAGACAGUACCUCUUGCAGCUCAAUUGCUUGAUGUUAGAACGCCCCAAAAACUCGAGAUGGUUAAGGCGUUAAAAGAUGAGAGAGCAAGAUUCCGAUUUGAAGUAGAGAUUGGUAAAUCUCCUCCUCUUUCUGAUGAGGAGGUUUGGUUGGAGUUACGACAUAAAGCGUUAGAGCUGAGAGAUGAAUGGAGGUUAGAGAAUAGGAGAACAUUUGCCAAUAUAUGGUCGGAUAUGGUAUUUGGGAUAUCAUUAUUCAUUCUUUUAUACUUCAAUCAGAGCAAAGUAGCUUUGUUGAAAUUUACAGGAUAUAAGAUAUUAAAUAAUACUUCAGAUACUGGGAAGGCAUUUCUUAUCAUUCUUAUUACAGACAUUUUCCUGGGGUAUCAUUCUGAAUCUGGUUGGCAGACACUGUUAGAAGUUAUUCUUGAGCACUAUGGGCUUGAAGUUGACCCAUCUGUGAUGACUCUUUUCAUAUGCCUUGUUCCAGUUAUUAUUGACGCAUGUGUGAAGCUUUGGUUAUUCAAAUUCCUUCCAAGAUUGUCACCGAAGGUUGCAAAUAUUUUCCGAGAAAUGAAACGUCAUUAGUGAGGUGUCUGUCAUGUUUGGAUUUUGUCUCGCCAAACAAGGCUCUACCAAAGUAGGUUCAUGUAUCAAGUUAUUUCCUCAAUAAUUGGUGUUUUCUUUCUUCUGUUAUACAGGAUUAUUUUAAGCUGUAAGUAUAGAGGAAAAUUUUAAUUUUUAUGGAUUUUAUUCUCAGAAGCAUAUGGUAUUCAUGUGGUACAGAUUUGUUAAUUGUCUUUUCUAAUCACAGUUACAGUUACAACCUUUGAUCUUA